AUGCCCUCUCAGUGUGCCCUCUCCUUGGCGCCGCAUUCGCUCUUCCUGGCUGGACUGCUGCUUCUCUGCCACCGGGGCCCCUCAGAGGUCAGCUGCCAGAAUGAAACGGAGCCAAUCGUGUUGGAGGGAAAGUGUCUCGUGGUGUGUGACUCCACCCCAUCGGCUGAGCCAUCAGGCAACGCUCUGGGCAUGUCCGUGAGGUCAGGAACUGGCCGGGUGGCGUUUUCAGCGAUACGUAACACCAACCAUGAACCCUCGGAGAUGAGCAACCGCACCAUGACCAUCUACUUUGACCAGAUAUUGGUGAAUGUUGGGAGCCAUUUUGACCCGGCCAGGAGCAUCUUCGUGGCACCCAGGAAAGGAGUCUACAGCUUUAGCUUUCAUGUCGUAAAAGUUUACAACAGACAGACAAUACAAGUAAGCUUGGUCCUCAACGGAUGGCCAGUGAUCUCAGCUUUUGCAGGAGACCAAGAUGUGACCAGGGAAGCAGCCACCAAUGCUGGGCUGGUGCUGAUGGAGCGAGGGGACAAGGCUUACCUGAAAUUAGAGAGGGGGAACCUAAUGGGAGGAUGGAAGUACUCUACAUUCUCUGGGUUUCUGGUGUUCCCCUUGUAG